CUUUUGAUUACAUAAGUAAUUUUGAUGGUUCAACAUCGUCGACCACCUUCAUUCUAUCAAGCGAGACAGCCUAUGUUUGCUGUAUGCUGAUUGUACACGUACGCACAAAUCUGUGCGAUUGAUCAGUGCAGCUGCGCACUGAUCCCGUACACAGAUGUGUCAAGCGCAAUAAUGACAAUAGCAUUACUCACUGAGUACCUGACCGGCACGGACUUUGCGCGUCGUCUCGGCGAGCCUGCGCUGCCUGAUGGCCUUACAAAUAUUGAUCGUCACCAAAGGCUUUGGACUUCGCACAAGACACGUAGGCCUGCCGGAGUUCGAAAGAACGACGCGCGUAUCCACCAAUAUAAAUACGGACCGCGGUUCAACACCAAAUCAUUCAUAACCUUACUCCAAGCUACUUCUACUCAAAGUUCAAGCAAUCAUGUCUCUACCUGAGGGCUAUGGAUACAUUCCAAGCUCAUUGAUGACCAUAGGUUGGGUCCUUUUCUGGCAGAGUAUCCUGGUUGGAAAAUAUCGCAAGAGGGCAGGGAUCGAAUAUCCUCAACUGUAUGCCGAGAAAGCUGAGGUUAAAGAUUCCAAUGCAGCACUCCGUUUCAACUGCGUGCAGCGUGCACACCAGAAUACCCUUGAAUCGGCGCCCUUGGUAUUUGUUUCAACUGUCGUGGCGGGUCUGAAAUACCCUGCCCUAGCUGCUGCCAUGUGUGUUGCAUAUUCCUUCGCGCGCAUUUUUUAUACCGUUGGAUACAAGUCGGGCCAACCAAAGAGGCGGCUGUAUGGAUAUUACGUUAGCAGUUUAUCAGUGCUUGGACUCUUGUCAACCGCUACAUACGCUGCUUACCAGUUCCUUCCGCCGUGUUAAUGUCGGAUACACCAAUCACAUUAAUUGUUCGAUUAGUUUAUCUCACGGAGACUCAAUUCAUGCAGUUUGCGUUACGUGGUCUUUUUCGCGAGGCGUGCCGCUUGCCUUUGACAUAUGCAUUCUCCCAUGCUCUGCACUAACGGCGUG